AGGAGGAGCUUGGCAGGUCCAUAGCUCUCGUUCUGAUAAAUAUAAACCCGCCUGCAAAAAGGAGAGACACGUCAAAAGACAAGGAGUAGUCGGAAUAAGACAACAACAUAUUGACAUAUCCCGACAGAAAAAGGUGAUGGCAGUGGCAGUCUCCAGGGAUCUGACGGUGCAGGUGCUAGAGGAUCUGAAUGCUGUCAAGCUGACCAACAGACAGCAGGCUUUGCGUACUGCCAUCCAGAGAGGAGAGCCUAGAUGUCUGGGGGUGAGUCAGGUUAUGUUGGGGCUGAUGAUCAUGUCCUACUCCAUUCCUCUGCACUUCACUGAGUUCACAGAGGUGGUCAUCCUGGGAGUUCCUUGGUGGAGCGGCCUGACGUUGCAAACGUGUUUGAUAGUGAGCGUGGUGUCCACUGUGCUGUCAGUUGUGGCUGUGAUCAUCUACUCUGUGGACAUGGACAAGAAUCCUGAGGAGCCAUGUGUCAAAAUGACGCAUGGCAGCUGUAAUGAGAAACACUAUGCCACGAAGGUGAGCAGAGGAGUUAAAUCCUCCCUCCUCCUCUUCACCCUGGCCCAGACAGUUAUCUCUGCCAUUCUAUGCUUCCUUCUCUACAGACAAAGACGCAUCUUUGGACCAUAUGGUUCUCUCACGCAAGAUGCUCCAUCAACCCUCAUAUCACUCACACCUCCUGACCUGAACUGAUCAAUGCUUUGACCAAAAGUCAGGUAGAUGAUCUCUAAAUAUGACUGAUCAGCUGUGAUCAAGGUGGACUGAUUAGCUUUUGUCAACAUGGUUAAUCAUGUUUCACAGAAGUGAACAAUUGGCUGAUAUUAACAUGUAAUUCAACUAUCUGCGUGUACCUUUUAGCUAUCCACUAUGCUACCUGUGUGGGUCACCAGCUGAAUGUGUGUGAAGACCUGAAUAUUAGAUUGAUUUCAUCACUGCUAUUAUUAAUUCAUAAGCAUUUUAAUCACUUCCAUUUUUUAACAUUAUUUUUGUUACUUCCACCCUUAAGGCCACUUUUUUAAAAUGAUGAAUGGCAAUUUUGUGUUGUGAAUGAUGAAUGUAAGACGGAGAACAUCGUAACUGUUUUAAUCAAAUCAAAUUUAAAUGAAUCAAUGAAUUUUUAUAAUUUAUCACUCUAUUUUUCAAUUCACAUGCAUUUGUGUUACUUCCACCCCUCUUACACACAAUGGGCCUAAUGCAAGAAUAUUUUUGUACUCUUAUCUUACUUUUUUCCUGAGGUGGACUUUGUGCAAUGUCAGAUUCACCAAACACCCGUAUUGCCUGGAAACAGUUGUGAAUGAGCUGCACAAACAUGAUGAAUCCCACCUAUUCUAAAUGAUAGCACAUUUCUGAGAAUAGUAAAUUAGCACAUUUACACCCUCAAAAUACCAUAUAAGGCCAGGCAUCCAGCAAGUUGUAGAGAAACUCCAUUCAUUAAAAUGGCACUAACAACUAAGAAGAGGAACUUUACGAGCUUGGUGAUUGAGAUACCGCUCUCAGAAAUAGAUCAAUAGAAACACAUUAUUAUUUAGUAGUGUACAUGGUGAAAUUAAAAGAUCCUGAGACAGCCAAACACUGGGAAUGAAAUGGACCGUGCUGUGAAUGCUGUCUCGCCUAUUGUGUGCAAUGUCACAAAAAUAAUAAAGAAAUGGUUUGACAUGAAACUGGAUGCCAAAAAACAUCUUGCAAGGGGAGUCAUACCAUAACUUCAAUUAUCAACAUUUCAAAUUAAAAGUAUUUAACAAAUAGUUUGCAUUGUAGAAAAGUAACUGUGGACAAGUCAUUUUAUAGUUUCAACCGUUAAUAUUUAUAUUGUUAGCUGGCAUUAUGUCAUGGUUUCAAUUGCCAAUUUAAAUGACUGAUAACUAACAAACUCUAAGGCUACGUUCACACCGCAGUUAAGAGUGACCUGAAUCUGAAAAAAAUGGGCAAGGUGCUGGAAAAGGACAAUAAUGUAUUACUUCAGAUGCAGGCCGCACAGCACCGACACGAAAUGGCGAUGAUGACCUUUCUCGGCCAGCUCAUCAAAGAUGGACAGUCUCAACAUGGUCCCCCAGUCCUUCCCAGCCAGCACUCUUCCUUUCCCCCAGGAGCAUCACAGCAAGCACCAGUAUUCCGUCCAGUCAUGCCACCUUACCAGCAGGGGUCUCAAAACCAGCAGCACACUUAUCUGCCGAGGAUACCUCAGCAUACCCUGGCAGCCCCUGCAAGUGUGAAUGCUCAAACCUCUUAUUUGGGAGACCUCCUAGACAACCAACUUUUUACUCAUGAUAGCCAAAUAUAGGUCAGCCAAAUAUAAUAUGUUCAAGAAUACAUUUUUUUCAAGUAUUUUUUUUUUUUGAUUUUACAAAUGACAUAUUUUGUUUACAGAACAGUAGUUAAACUUUGAAAGCACUUUAAUAAAGACAAGAUAAUUUUAAAAAAGCUUGUCUGUUCCUCUUUUCUUCUCAAGUGCAUAUUUGUAAAAGGUUAAAAUAAUGGGGGAACAUAUGAACAUAUUUACAUGACUGAAGUCCGAGUUAGACACUUCACAGAAAUAACGUGUAAGUGCUUCCCUCACUCUC